GGCUUCUCUUCCAACCGCAGUUUUCAAGCCUCUUCUGGAGGGUUGCAUGGCUGAAAACCAGAGGAAAGUAGCCAUCUGAAAUCUGCAUUUUUGAAUUUUUUAAUCCUUUCUUUACUGCAUUUGUAAUGGGAGUUGUACUACUGAAUUUCUUAGUAGUAGCUAGACUUCUGAAUUUAGGAAAAAGUGCUGCAGCCUCAUAAGGAUUUAAUUUUGCUUCAUCUACAUUGAUAUUCUACUCUUUUUGCUUUCCAAGGGUUUGAUUAAUUGAUCAAAACAGUUUUGUUUUUUUCCUGAAGCAAAUUCCAGUAUGAUUCCUCUGAUUCCACCUACACAAGUUAUUCAGCAAUAGUUAUGAACUCCCGUUUACGAGCCUUAGGUGGGAGGAUAAAUAACAUACGAGCAUCAGAGCUACCAAAAGAGAAAACCCGAUCAGAGAUCGUCUGUAACGUCCACUUUUUGGAUGGCUCAGUACAAAGCUUCAAAGUCAACAAACAAGACACUGGACAGAUUUUGUUGGAUAUGACCUAUAACCAGCUGGGUGUGACAGAGAAGGAGUAUUUUGGUUUACAGCAAAAUGAGACUUCAGUAGAUUCACCUUUUUUCAUUUCACAGCGAUGGCUUGAACCAAGCAAACCUAUUAGAAAACAGUUAAAAGGAGGUUUUCCCUGCACGCUUCAUUUUCGUGUAAGGUUUUUUAUACCUGAUCCUAACACACUUCAGCAAGAACAAACCAGGCAUUUAUUCUUUCUGCAGUUGAAGACUGAUAUUGCAGAAGGAAGGUUGUCAUGCCCUAUGGAUUCUGCUAUUGUCCUGGCAUCAUAUGCAGUACAAUCACAACUUGGAGACUAUAAUGCUGCAGUGCAUUGUUCAGGAUAUCUGUCAAAUUACAACUUCAUACCAGAGCAGAACAAAGAUUUUCUUACCAAAGUAGAAACGCUACAUGAGCAAAACAGUGGCCUCAAGAAAUCUGAAGCAGAGUCCUGGUAUAUAAAUAUAGCAAGAACACUUGAAUUCUAUGGAGUGGAAUUGCACAGUGGUAGAGACCUCCAUAAUCUUGAUCUUAUGAUUGGGAUUGCAUCCAGUGGAAUUGCUGUAUAUAGAAAACUCAUCUGUACAAGCUUCUAUCCCUGGGUGAAUAUAUUAAAAAUUUCCUUUAAAAGGAAAAAGUUUUUUAUACAACAACGGCAAAAACAUAAUGAAUCCAGAGAGCAUAUUGUUGCCUUCAACAUGUUAAAUUACAGAGCAUGCAAAAAUCUUUGGAAAUCUUGUGUAGAGCAUCACACAUUUUUUCAUGCAAAGAAGACACUACCUCAUGAAAAAAAAAUAUUAUCACAUUAUUGGACUCUGGGUUCUAGAAAUCCAGCAAAAUCUGUAAACAACCAGUACUGCAGAAAAGUGAUAGGUGGGAUGGUUUGGAACCCAUCUAUGAGACGAUCCUUAUCAGUUGAGCACCUAGAGACCAAAAGUCUUCCUUCUCGAUCACCUCCUGUUACCCCCAAUUGGCGGAGUCCUAGACUACGUCACGAAAUCCGCAAACCACGACACUCGUCUGUAGAUAACCUUACGAACGAGAUUAGUUAUAUUACUGAAACAGAGGAUGUUUUUUACACAUAUAAGGGCUCUCCAACAUCAAAGGACAGUGAUUCAGAGUUCUCUCAGCGCCGUAGUCCAAGGAGGAGGUCAUCUGAACAAGAAUCACCAAAGAAUGUGUCGGGAAACAAUCCGACGCGGAGUUCCCUGACCCCUCUCUCACCUAAAGCCUUGGCUCGGUCUCCCAAUGGAGUUGGCAACAUUUCUGGCUCUUACCCAUUGGAAGGGGUGGAUAAGCAGUUCUUAGAAACGUAUGACAACGUUACAAAAAGUAACUCAACAGAAGAUUCCAGUCAGUACUACUGCGAUAAGAAUGACCUAAUAGAGGGUGAUUUACUUUUGGUCCGUAUCAAACCAGAUGAAGAAGGGAAGUUUGGAUUUAAUCUAAAGGGUGGAGUAGAUCAAAAAAUGCCACUGGUGGUAUCAAGAAUAACUCCAGGAUCACCUGCUGAUAAAUGCAUUCCAAAGCUGAAUGAAGGUGAUCAGAUAGUGUUAAUUAAUGGCCGAGAUAUCUCAGAGCACACACAUGACCAGGUGGUCAUGUUCAUAAAAGCCAGCAGAGAAUCUCACACAAGAGAGCUUGCACUUUUGGUCAGAAGGAAAGUAGUUAAACAGUUUGUGGAGCCCAAAUCAGAAGAUGAAGCUGAUUCCCACACUCUGCCAGAAUCUAUUCUUCCUGUCUGUUCUGAAUAUGGUGGUGAUACACUGGAGGAGUCUAUGGAGCAGCUAAGAAGAGGACUAGAAAGCGGGACUGUCCUUAUUCAAUUUGAGCAACUUUAUAGAAAGAAACCAGGAUUGGCUGUUACAUGUGCAAAGGUACCUCAGAAUAUGGACAAGAAUAGAUACAAAGAUGUUCUACCUUAUGAUGCCACAAGAAUAAUAUUGCAAGGAGAUGAAGAUUACAUUAAUGCAAAUUAUGUGAAUAUGGAAAUUCCUUCUGCUGGCAUUGUGAACCGGUACAUUGCUACUCAGGGGCCUCUUCCACACACAUGUGCACACUUCUGGCAAGUAGUCUGGGAUCACAAAUUGUCACUGAUCGUCAUGUUAACAACUCUCACUGAACGAGGACGGACCAAAUGUCAUCAGUAUUGGCCUGACCCACCAGAUGUAAUGGAAUAUGGCUGCUUCCGUGUCAGGUGCCACUCUGAAGACUGCACGAUUGCUUAUGUUGUCAGAGAAAUGGUCAUUACAAACGUUGAGACAGAACAACAGCACACCGUCACCCAUCUCCAGUACGUAGCUUGGCCUGAUCAUGGCGUUCCUGAUGACUCCAUGGACUUCUUGGAGUUUGUGACCUUUAUGAGGCCAAAGAGAGUGAAGGAUGAGCCAGUUCUUGUUCACUGCAGUGCAGGAAUCGGUCGCACUGGUGUGUUGGUCACUAUGGAAACAGCCAUGUGCUUAAUUGAAAGGAACCAACCUGUUUAUCCACUGGAUAUUGUACGGAAAAUGCGAGACCAGAGAGCUAUGAUGGUGCAAACAUCAAGCCAAUACAAAUUUGUUUGUGAAGCUAUUCUUCGUGUUUACAAAGAAGGAUUGGUUCGACCACUGGAUUCCAGUUAGCAUUGCAGUGGAGGAUGAGUUCUUUUUUCACCUAAAAAACCUGCUCCUUAAGUAAAGCAAGGGCUUGUUUCUGGAAGCACCUAGAAUGGACUAGAAGCCCAUGAAAAGAAAGAGGAGCACAUUUGAACUGUGGCACUUUAAAUUUCUCAAGAAGAUUGUUAAAUCAUGUACAGUAUAACAAAGUCACAUAGAUAAAUAUAUGACAACAAUUGUGUGUAAUAUGCUUUAUUCAUAUAGACCACCAUAAACAAUCAUGGAAACCUUAACACGUCUUUUACUGCCUUAAAACACCCUUUACUUUGGAAGUUGCAAUGUUUCUUGUGUUUUCUUUGAAAUAGCAGGAAGAAAACUCCUAUUAUUGAAAUGAUUCAUCUUAAGAAAGCGUUUAAUAUAUUUGUAUUGUAUGAAAGUUCAUUGAAGGUGAAUAUUUGUAACUUUCUUAUUGGGAUACUAAAUAUCCAUGGGACUGUAACCUUGACUAAAAGGCUGAUGAAGAGCUUUAAAGGCUAAUGCAUAACUACUGUACACCGAGCUGGAGAAAUUUAGUAUUCAGUUACCAUAAAUCUAUUAGUGGAUAUGCCAGCUGUUAUAAUAUGCUGCUUAGAAAUCACAUCUACUGUAUGUGAUGUGAAAAUAAUGCUGCAUUUAGGCAUUUAUGCAGAUGGUACAGUCUACAUCUUCUGUUGAUCAAUUUUGGUUGCUAUUGCCCUUUUGACAGUGACCUACUUCUUACAGUUUUAGUUACUGCACCGCUUUUCUUCUGUUUCUGCUGUCCAUCUCCUUUGUACUUUUCACUGCUGUUUCUAUAUGUGGACUGAAAGCAUUUUAACUUAAAACGAGGUUUAAUUCUCUGUCAUGUUUGUUUCCAUGUGUAUUUAUGAGUUCUCAGAUGUAAAUGUGGAUUAAUGUUGCACACAAGUACUAGACUUUUGACUUACUGUGUAUACAAAGUAGUGUAAUCCAAUACUGGAAGAAAAAUUACUACUGAACCCAUCAAAUAUGUUGCUGCUAUUUCAAGGUGUGAAGCUUACAAGGGCACAGGUGUUGCUAGUGUUCAGGUGGUGAUAAAAGAUUGACUUGGUGCCCUCCAGCAAAGCACUCUUAUCCAGUGAAACACGACUCCCUUUUGCAAGAGUUCUCCAGAUUUACUGUGUUUCUUGCUUAUACAGAAAUGCAGUUAAAUUCGCCUGAAGAUUUACAUGGAAAGAGAGAAUGAAUUUGUACACUGAUGAGUAAUUCACCCUAAGGUACACUGGUCUCUAUUUCAUUUCAGAUGGGAGAAUUGGACUUUCUGAACAGUAUAACCACAUUUGUAUAAUGUUAAAUUAUUUUGUGUGUGCUUUUUGAUUAACCUGAGAUAGUUAUUAAUUUUUUAAUAGUGUUUAAAAAAUAUUCUAAGGGACUGUUUAAAACUCUGUUAUUUAAAAAAUUAGUCCUAAAUAGGGAAAAAUUUUUAUGGGGCAUAAUAGCCAGAUGUUUAUAUGUAUAAAAGAGAAACUUAGAUAAUUUUUUUUUCAGAGACAUAUAUAUAUAUGCACACACAUACUCAGAUGUAUUUUAGAAUUAUGGUUUGUAUUAUGGAUAUUAUCAUUUAUGGCUGGAGUUUCAUUAUAGAAACUAUCACAGCUGUACAAUACACAUCUCUCAUAUUACUGGAAAAUUAUGGUUUUUUUCUCCCAGGAGAUAACUAGAAAGUACAUGUAGGAUGAGCUAAAUUGCUGACUUGUCUUUUGUUGGCUUGAUCCUUUCUCCAAGAUUACAUUUUUAGCUGUAGCUGAAGAAGAUACCUGGUUACUAUUUAUUGAUCAAAAGAGUUUUAAUUGAGAUGUGCAAAGUAGUUGGCAACACGGAAAUCUUCUUGGCCUUGUUAUGUUGAAUAGGUUUGUGCUCAUCCUUACAUACUGCAUUCCAAAUUUCACUUUGACUGGAGUUUUCUGUAUAAUUUUGGAUCAUUGUCAUCUUGCUUGAUUGGGCAUAGAUUAGAAGACUGCCUUACCUUGCUAAAUUGCAUCAGGUAGCUCAAUCUGUCUGUGAAUCCAAAUGUAAAAUGAUAGUGGACAUGCACAUAUUGCUUGGGAAGCUUUGUUACAUGUGUGCCUGUCUGUUACAACAUCUCUUUUUUCUUUUUUUAAAGUUUUCCUGUGCCCAGCUCUCAGAGUCAUGCCUUGCAGUUGGCAUGACUUAUAUUUAAUAGUUUGUCAAGAAGUGAAAAAAGGCAAGAAAAUAAAUUGUAAGAAAAUGUUUAGAGCAUCUUUGUGACAUCUGUGUCUUUCAUGGAAGUACUCACUGUUUCUUUGUGUUCAAGGUUAUUCCUAUAUUCGAAUUGCUAUUUAUGUUUCUUCGUGUUUAAUAUAUACUUACCAAAGCACUGUAAAUGUAUUUCUUGUAUGACUCCAGUCUCAAGAUACAUGGUAUAGACUUGGGUUAGUAUGUGUGCAUUUAAAUGAUGACUGUCAUAUUGUGACAAGAAAUGCUGCUCUUGUUCUGGUAAACUUGGGUGGGUUUGGUAAUACCAUUGGGGAGCUCUUGGAUUUUAAUAACUUGUUUGAAAUUGCUGGCCACAAAGAGAAUAUUCAAAGCUAUAUAAAUAGUAAUCUCUGUAAGUUUUUUGUUUGUUUUUUCUUUUUUUUUUAAUACCUUAGAGGAAAUAUUAGCAACACAAGUAUCUUGUAUAAUGUGUCCAUCUUUAUUUCACUUGCUGGGUUUUGCACAUGUACCUGCAGGGUCCAUAGGGGAGAAUUGAAAGGAUUUUGUCUUCUCUGUAGUGUGUGAUGACUUUGCACUGAAUGAAGUAUGCCUUAGAUCUGAUCUUGCAAUGAAAGCAUAAUUAUGAAAACAUCUUAACACCAGCUUUUGUUUCCACAAAAAUUAAGAAAUUGCAAAGACAUAGAUUUAAUUGAUUGGUUUAGGGGGUUUUGGUGGGAGUCAAAACUUGUGACUACAAGUUUUUAAUUGUCAAGCAAUUGGCAAAUGGUAGAAAAUGCUGUGAAGACAAGAUUCUGUAUAACCUUCAUAAACAUUUUACCCUUGAUUUCUCCUGUGCUGGCAUCAUCAUGAGAAUAAGUAUUCAAAAUGUCUGGUGUGGUGGUGGAUGAAGAGGGAGCAAUAAACCCUUGACGUUUUCAUCACUGUGAAAUACACUAACAUUUAUUUCUGCAGAAUUAAACAAAUUUUAACUUACUGGCUUUAUAUUUGAUACGGAAGUAACUAAACUAUUCAGCAUGUCUUCAGAAAUCUCACUUCUGAGACAGAGGUGAAAGGGACAGGUCUUGCUAUAUAUUAAAAAUAAGGAAAACAGUGCCCUAAACCAUGAAUGCCUUUUGUGUAACCAGAUGUAUGAAAUAGAAAUCAUUAAAAUACAACCAAACCUUUAAUAGUGGUGGUGUUUUGCAAAAAUAAAAAAAAAAAAAAAAGAAAAAAAAGAAAGUAAUCCAGGGGCUUGCUUUUAAUUAUCCUGUCUUUUAGGUGUUGAUACUAAAUUAUAUGCAGUCAAAACGUACCCACAAAUUCAGCAAUAAGUCUUCAUAUGCACCCAGUUUUUUAACUGUUGGUUUUUCUUUUUCCCCUCAUAUUCCCUUCUAUGCCAUACUUAGUUAAUAUAUAUGUAUUUUAAAAGAACUCUAGUUCUGAACUAUAUAAUGAACUUUGCAUUUGCUUUAUUACAAGCACAGUAUAGUACUUUUGUACAAAAAAACUAUUUCCUGUAGACAGUGUUCUUGUGUCAGGCUAAAUGCAUAAAUGUUGAAAAUAGAUGCACCUGGUUCAUAUUCAGUCAAUUAUAAUUUAAACAUAGAUAUUUCACUGAUAAUGGCUUUAUUUUUCUAUCCUGAAAUGUAGCAUUUAAGUGCAAGUUUAUUUUACUCUUCAGCCUUUCCAGAGAACAUGUGCUGGGAAAUGUUUGUAUUUUGAUUAGUAAACUGCAAUCACUGUAAUCUACUUAGCUAAAAGUAUUUAUUAGGUGAAGCUAUAUAGAAGGUAAAGUUUUCAUUAAAUAUUUUGUUCAUUGUUUCUAGCAUUUAAGUCCUGGCACUGAUUAUGCUCAGCCAUCACAAAUGGCUGUUUUAACCAUAGUUUACAUUAACAGUUUAAAUACACCAGUCUAAUGCAAUAUGAUUUAAUUUUAGUGUACUUUAAUACUGUAUAAGCUCCAAAGAGUAGCAUACUAUCACCAAAUCCUGUCACUCUAAAGAAAAAAGUACGUUUCUCUGAAUCAAAAGGAAGAACUACCACAUAAUAUCAAUACAUUCAAUUGUUUUUCAGCUCAGGCUAACUCUGUGACAGUAGCAUUCUUACCACUCAUAUAAAGAGGAAAUGUUGAGGAUCAAUAAUAUUAUGGAAAAAAACAAAUUGUAUAGUCUGUAGGAGACCAGGAAAUAUUGUUGUCCUUUAUUUAUUUUUUUAAGACAAAUUCAUCUCAAGAGGGAACAAUUGCUUGCAGACUACUUGGAUAAGAGUAGUCUUUGUGCUUUCUUUUGGGCUUAGCUGCAGGUUAACCUUUAAUUAAAGUUCUAUUUAAAAUAUUAAAGCAUUUAUUUUAACAGACAUUAGUGAAACACUUCAGUUUACUGCUUCUGUUUAACUUCUGUUUACUUGGCUUUCAUGAUUUUGUUUCCUGAAAUGUCAUUGUUUUGCCUUAUAAAAUCACUUUGAGGUUUCCUAUAGUUGUGAAGCUGGCUUUGUCUCAGACAGGCAAAGUGAUAUUACUGCUGCUUAAGAAAGGGUGGGGUUUUUUCACAUGCUGAAGGGGCAGUGUGGUGUUCAGACCAGUCUCAAUUGAUCUGCUUUCUGAGGAAUUUAAACUGCUGCUAGCAGUGAUAGAAAUCAUAAAGAUAUAUGGAAAAGCAUGUAAGAAGUGUUUUCUUCGGGGCAGAUAAACCUGGGUUUAACUUAAAUAUUAAAAGAAAAAAAAUCAAACCUUGUGAACAUGAAAAUGCUUUUAACAGAUAAAGUCGGUGUGGGAAAUACAUUAUUUUUCCCCCCUCUUUUUCCUUUAAAACUGUUCUGUGUUUUAAACACAUGCAUUUCUCUUGGAACAAUUUCUUUAGUGAAGAGCCAUACUGCUGGCCAUGGGAUUUAAUUUUUGUCAAACCCACCUAGAAAAUAAUUUUAAGUGAAAUGUUUUCCUCAUCUGCUGGUUUGUGCUCUUUAGUAACAUUAACAAAACCUCUGAAAUAUUUUCAUCUUAAAAACUAUAUUGGCUGUUUUCAUUUGAUGUCUUUUUCUGAGACAUAAAUGAAACCUGCAUGUGGCUGGAUAAUUGGUGAGGUUGCCCUGCAUGCUUAAAAGGAAGCAGGUGCUUUGUUAGGGCUAUUAAACUCCUUAUCUAACAUCAGUUACCAGCUUAAGCCAGAGUAGCCUCAUAUUUCUAUCAGCCUUUUGCAAAAUAAACAUUUUGUAAACAGUCCUUUGAGCUUGUUCUCCCAAGGAAGUCGUCUUGCACCAAUAUAGAAAUUAUGCUUUAAAAAAACCAAAAAAGUUAAAACCUGAAUCUUCAAGUAAGGCAUGACUAUUUACCAAAUUCUGUACAGAACAUACCUUUUAAAAGGAAGAAGAUAAAAUAUUUUUCUGCAAAAAUCUAAAGGUUAGCUGCUAGAAGUACCUUCUUAGCUGUAGGUGCAGCUUACUUAGACAUAAAGCAAAUUUGCUCUCAGCUAGUGUGCAGUAUGGCCAGUAAAGCACAGAAAGUGCAUCAUCAGCCCACAUGCCUGAUUAUUUAUCAACUUUCUUGCACAUGUUUGGUUGCAAUCCUGUUUCAGGAGCAAGGAAAAAGUGCUGCCUUUCUUAGGGAAAGAUACUGAAAUCCUGCACAAUAAAUCCAUAGCCUAUAUUGAUCUUAGUGAGGUUGUACUUGAUUCUCUGUCUAGUUCAAAGCGAGAUCAGAUGUAUCUCUAUGAGUCCGCAAGAAUAUUGAAGCACUCUAUUAAAAAAAAAAAAAAAAAAAAAAAAAAAAAAGCUCAGCAAUGUUAAUUGCAGUGGGCUUCAUUUGCUUCAGUUAAGCAGCAGGUGAGUGUGGGAGCACUUGAGUUAGUCCUGAUCAGUGCCCUUCUGAUUCAGAGCUUUGCAUACAUUAUUGAAAACUUGGGGUUUAGCAGGAAUUAAAUUACUGUCUGUAGAAAUCAGUGUAUGCGCUCAAAUGUAAAUCUAUUUCUAAUCCCAGUUUUGCAAAAUGAGUGACAACUAUCAGAUUGACCUGUGCAGUGAUUACUAAACAUAAUUUAUUUAGAUUUUCACGCUUCAUUAUGUAGCCUUAAUAGAGAGAUACAAGGUAUAUAAUGGGGACAGUCCUAUAAAAGCUAUAAAAACCUGCCUGCCAUUCAUUCUCACAAAUGAUGUACUGGUUAAAACUGAUCUUGAUUACAACUGAUAUGGAAACGUUUAUAAUACUGGAAUAAAUUGCAUAGCAGUUGGGAAAGCCAAAGUUGUUUGGGUUUUUUGCAAGUUUUGAAGAAGACUCCACUAUUCUAGUCACUAAGAUUGUAUUUUCAUAUAAGUUCAGUUAGCAUUUUUGACAGCAAAAUCUUGGAAGGUAAUAUCCAUUUAGGGACCCUGGCUGUGAGGUUUUUUAAUUUUUUUUUCCUUUUCCUGUAGCACUCUGUAGUUUCUUCUAAGAUCUUAAGUGCCAGUGCAUUAAAGAAAUAAAAGAAUGUUUUUGAUGUAUUUGGAAGGUAAGGAAAGAGAUUAUUUUGUACCCUAUGCUGUACUUUUAUUUUCAAUCAUUUGAAAUGUAAAUUGAUGUUGAUAUUACAAAGCUUAAUUUAUUGUUUAAAAGUGUAGACACUUCUUGAAUGUAUAAUUUUUCUUUUUUAUUUUUAUAGGAAUAAAGGAUUGGUUUUCAGUAGAGGUUUCUUGGGGUUUGGAACUGUUUUGAACAAAAAUAUAGCCACCAUUUUAUGCUUAUUGGUUAUAUGGCUAAUGGUGAAAUAAAACAUUUUUGGCUGUA